GAACAUAUAUCGGUUGGUAUGGUUACCAAAAAUAACUAUUCACUAAGAGCACAUGUAAAGCGCGGUAUACAGUUGUGUUGUAGCACAAAUUAUUAAGUUUACACUAAGGAAAUAAUUUUGGAAUAGCUACGAUGGAUGCUCUACAGGGGCAACUGAACACACUGAGAGAAAUUAUGGAAUCAUUUCCUGUAGGAGCAGCAACAAGUGUGGACUAUUCUCUGGAGAAUGAAAUUAGAAGAUCUGUCAACACAAUCUCUUUGGCCAAUGCCAAACUGUUGAUGUUGAAAGCUCAGGACAGGAAGCGAAAACUUCCACAAGACAGGGAGUCACUGGAUCUCUACCAGCUCCCUGAGGUGCUGGGUGAAUAUGACGAAGAAAUAACAAAGGCCAGUGUGCGCAAAUUAGCAUGGAGGCAUUCUGCCGAGGCAUCUCAUGUCCGUAGAUUGAUGUCAGAUGCGGUGUCAGCUGAGCCAGGAAUUUUCACAGAGUCUUUUCAGAGCACAGUGGAUCUACUGAAUGCAGUGAUUGGCCUGAACAGUCAACUGAGGGGUGUGCUGAAGGAGCAGCGAGAUACAGCACUACAGAUUAUAACCAAAAAACAGGAAUUGCAGCACAAGCUGGAUGAUUACAAGGAGCUAUUGGUAGCACAGGAAGUGGAGCGGCAUGAACGUGCCACUGCGAAAGAACGGGAGAACAUGGAGCAAAAGAAGCGAUUGCAGUUGAGACUGGAGAAACUGAACGUGAUGCGGAUGCUCAUGACAAACCUUCUAAGCAUCAGCAACACUGACUAUAUCAAGCAUCAAGAGUGGACCAACAUACUUAUUGAGAAGCAAGGGUUUAUAUCAGUGGAGACCCUCAUGGCUUCCAACACUGCAGUACAAUGAAAAGCACAUUCAGUAACAGACCCUAUGGUCUUUGAACUUGGUUCCAACAUUUUAUAAACAUCUCUGUAGUAUUCAUACUGUUUACAAUCAUUUUAUACGGGAAAACCUCAUAAGUAUUCUACCAAUAGAACCUUCCACUGAAAACACGUGGUUUUCAAGCAGCUGACAAAACUUGUGGCAUGUCAUGAUGUAAUUUCCAAACACUGCAAAAAGAUACAUAAAUCUCUUAUGGAGAUAGCCACAAAUCAUGGAACCAUCAAGUCAGACAUGCUGAAAUUCUGCCAGUGGAAGGAAUAAACCUAUGGCCUAAACACAUUAUAAAGAAAAUUUACACAGAUUACAGUAGAAUGUUGUUUUGCAUGCAUUUUUGAUCUCUGUAAAAAGUUUACAUUCACACAUUAAAGUUUCUUUUGCGAAGUACA